AUGAGGCUGAUCCUGUGUCUUCUCCUGAUCACUCUGGCUGUUCCUUGCUAUGGAGCUACUGGUGGCAAGGUCUGUAAGGCUGUCUUGAGAGAAAGUCUGACCUUUCUACUAAAGCAUAGGGACGUCUUGGAAAAACAACUUAAUGAAUACUCUGCACCUCCAGAGGCUGUUGAAGCAAAACUGAUGGUGAAGGACUGUGUAGAUGAAGAGAUGACCAAGGCAGAGAAAGGGGCAGUAGCACUCGCAUUGGCACAAAUUUUAGUUGAAUGUGGUGGUCGAGGAUUGCUGGAAAAAUAUUUUCCUGAACUCCCACUAGAGAAGCUGAUUUUCCCUGCUUAA